AUGUCCCAGCAUGCCAUGCGGCCCAGCAGUGACACUCCCCUCCCAGCAUGCUGUGCGGCCCUGCAGUGACAUAGCCCGUCCCAGCAUGCCGUGCGGCCCUCACAGGGAGCCAUGUCCCAGCAUGCCCUGAGGCCCAGCAGAGAGGAUUUCCAUAAGGCAGGAAUCCUUUGUUUGAUUCCCCCACCUCCCAGUGGAAAAGUUCAGCAGUCCAGCCUCUGCCUGGGAGCAACCGAGACAAGUCACCGCUUGCAGGGAGCCACCUGAGGGUUCGGUUGAGUGUUGAGGACGAUGGAGGCCACUUUGCCGGCAGUGGCAGAGGAGCUUUUGAAAGAGAUAAAAAAGGCUUUCCAGGAGACUUCGCAUGUUCCUGAUGAUCUCCUGCUGGCGCUGAAAUUUGUAUUUGGCUCAUCUGCUGUGGCGGCCUUGGAUUUGGUUGAUCAACACUCAGUCACGCGAAUCGUGUCUCCUAGUGGAAGGGCCGUGUACCAGGUCCUCGGGAGUUCAGGCAAACUGUACACCUGCUACGCCUCCUGCCACUUCUGCACGUGCCCUGCAUUUGCUUUCUCCGUGCUGCGGAAGAACGACAGCCUGGUGUGUAAGCACAUCCUUGCCAUGUACCUCAGCCAGGCCACAGGCGCAUGCCAAGAGCUCUCUGUCUCUGACCAGCAGCUGGCAAGCAUCUUACUGGCAGAGGAAGAGGAGGAAGGACCUGGGACCGUGUGCUAACACCUUCUCUCCUGCAACGCCUCCCUGGCUCCUCUGAGGCCCUGAGUGAUGCAUCCCAGAGCCCAACUCCACAUUGAGUGUUGUGUCUGUUGCCCCCGCACUCCGGUCACCUGGCUCUGUCUCAUUUGCAAACGCAGCCUGUUCUCAUCUAACAUCGCUACCGGAAGGGCAUGCCCAAAGAAACGACACGGCGCAAGGUUAGGUUGUUUUCAGUGGUAAAUUUAAGUAUUCGUUCUGUAUGUAAAUAACAAAGUUACUGUAACUACAAAGCCCAAGUAACAAGAGGCAAAUACCAUCCAGCCUAUGUACAUCAGGAACACAUGGGUUAAGUGACAUGUGAAGAACUCCAGACACGGGCGGUGAGUGUUCCUCUGCCAUUUUACUUGGAUUCACAUUUUUAGAAAUCUUCAGCACUCAUUUGUUUUCCUUUCAAACAACUUAGUUAAUAAAUUAAAAGAAGCCAGUGGCACAUCCCAGCUAGGGAAACAGUGACAACAGCACAUGGCAAACGUCCCCUGGCUCCUCACAGGCAUAUCAGAAGGGAUGUGUAGUGGAUCCUGGCUUGCAGUGUAAAAGGUCACCUACAGCUAUUCCUUGAUCAGUCAUUAACUAACUGCUGGGCCCCUGCUUUAGUACUGUGCAUUAUGCUCUCUCUCAUGCACUCUAGACUGCGAUUUGUUUUAAGGAGAAGGAGGCCAGCACUCGGUUUUUGUUGCAAUGACAUAUGUGGGUUGCAACCCUCCCCGACCCACGGGUCAGACCCUGGCUGGUCCCUUCCAUGAUUAAUAGGAGCGAGGCGGCCAGAGACAAUAGAGAGAUUGAAAUGAGAUGAGUCCUGCUGAGAAGGCAGGAAGUGGUCACAGCUGUGGGACGGACUGGGAGCAAGGAAGUUGCACCAGAGAUGAGCUGCAAAGGGAAGGAGAAAGACACAGGGCCAUAAUUUUAACCCUUUUGAUACUAGCUGAAGGAUUAACAGGCUGACUGGAGCCACAGUUGGGACCUGAUCUAAGUUGACGGCAGCAGGGGCAGUACCAUCGAAAUCACAGUUCGGAUUCAGUCAGGUUUGGAUCUGGCCCUUUGUAGCCACAGGGCAGCUAACCCAUCUCCUUGCCUCCUAGCGCCAUGGAUGGUUAGAGGCCCUUGGUCCCACAACCACCCUGUCUCA